CCCCCCCGUUCUCCUUGUCUGAAAUGUGUGUCAGUGGGGCACGGCUCGGGCUGCCUCACAUGCCGUCAACACACGAGCCGCCCGCGAAGGCAUCGCCAGCGCCCGACUCCCCCGCAACCCCGCCUGGCUAGGAAACGAGCGCUUGCUAAUCCCCGAGCGAACCAGCCACCCUCGCCCAUGUAGACGCGGAGAAAGCUCCAGCCCCAGUUAGGAGCACGUGGAAGCCGCAAUCGGCAGCCGGGGCUGCCUUCUGGAAUCUAAAGGCAUUUGGGCAGCUGGCGGCUCGGGAGCGAAUACGCCCGGAGGAGCCGCGGAGGAGGAAGCCGGGUGACCAAAGACAACCCCCGCCCCCCGGCCCAGCCACCACCGCCCCACACACACAGCCCCCUCACACUCCUGCCUGCCUCCCCGAAAGGGGCCCGGGUGAAAUUAAGGACGAGCCAGACAGAGAUCACCAUGGAUAACAGCCCUGGCAGCGUGAUCCUCUACGUGGGCUCCACGGCCGGCUCCAGCCCCACCCCGGGCAGCCCACCCGGCGGCUACCUGGUGCCCUCCCCGCAGCACUCCCUGCCCUCAUCGCUGGAGGAGCUGACGCUGACUGAGAUCGGGGCCAUCAAGCCACAGGGUUCCAGCUCGCCAUCCUCGCCUAAGGUGGCCUUCCAGUUCCCGGAGGGGGUCAGGUACCCCAGCAAGGGCCAGUCGCCCCCCACGCAGAGCAGAGUUGCCACGGCCAAGCAGAACGGCGUGACCGGCACCUUCUCUAAGACGGGCGGGAUGGUGCUACUGUGCAAGGUGUGCGGGGACAUCGCCUCCGGCUUCCACUACGGCGUCCACGCCUGCGAGGGCUGCAAGGGCUUCUUCCGCCGCAGCAUCCAGCAGAACAUCAACUACAAGAUGUGCGUGAAGAACGAGAACUGCAUGAUCAUGCGCAUGAACCGCAACCGCUGCCAGCACUGCCGCUUCAAGAAGUGCCUGGCCGUGGGCAUGUCCCGCGACGCUGUGCGCUUCGGGCGCAUCCCCAAGCGGGAGAAGCAGCGCCUGAUGGACGAGAUGCAGAGCUACAUGAGCAGCCUGAACGAGGCCCCCAUGGACGUGGGGCUGGGGCCCGAGGGGGAGGCGCCCCCCAGCCCCGAUGCCCAGGAGGAGGAGGCCAUCGGCGCCAUCUCGCGGGCCUAUCACGACAUCUUUGUCAGCGGGCAGGACCGGCUGGGCAAGCGGGCCGAGCCCUACCCCUCGCUCAGCUACGCCGACCAACAGCUCAACAACGGCGAUGCCUACGGGCAGUACGACUCAGCCCACCUGCCCCUCUCCGGCUACGGCGCCUGCCCCCAGGAGGCCCCCGGCUACGUGGACAACGGGCCCCGCCGCUUCGGCAACGACAUCUACCAGGCCCAGCAGGCUGGCUACCUGGCCAACGCUGGGCACUACCCCUCUUUCGAGUACGGCUACUCCGAGAGGGCAUGCCCCUGGCGCUCGGCCACCAGCAGAGGCAUUGCAUGCCCUUUGAACGCCAGCCCACACUGCAGCAACAGCAAGAGCAGCCAGCAGGUGUGGGAGGAGUUCUCCCAGUGCUUCACGCCUGCUGUCAAGGAGGUGGUGGAGUUCGCCAAGAGCAUCCCAGGCUUCCAGUCGCUCUGCCAACAGGACCAGGUCAUGCUCCUCAAGGCAGGCACCUUCCAGGUGCUGAUGGUGCGGUUCUCCUCCCUCUUCAACCCCAAGGAGAAGGUGGUGACGUUCCUGAGCGGCGAGACCUACUCGCUCUGCAGCCUGCGCUCUAUGGGCAUGGGCUGCCUGCUGGACUCCAUGUUCGAGUUCAGCGAGAAGCUCGGCUCCCUCGGGCUGGACGCCCAGGAGAUGGCGCUCUUCAUGGCUGUCGUCCUUGUCUCGGCAGAUCGCUCUGGCAUCUCAGACGUGGAUGCCGUGGAAAUCCUUCAGGAGACCCUCAUCCGGGCCCUGCGGACUCUGGUGACGAAGAAGCAUCCCGACGAUUCCACCCUCUUCCCCAAACUCCUCCUGCGCCUUCCCGACCUGCGGACCCUCAACAACCAGCACUCGGAGAAGCUCCUGGCCUUCCGGAUCGAUCCUUAAGCCCACCGGAGACGCCUGCCCUCCGAGCCUAGGGGGAGAAGGAUCAAGAACAGUCACCGGACCCAGCGCCUCGGGCUGCAUUUAGCUCUUUCGAAGACGAGGAAGGAGGGCUCUGGCGUUGCAGGGCAGCACGUGGCCUGUCAAAGCCGGGCUCUGCCAGCGCACGUCCCCCAACCCGGGGUGAUCGGGUUCAGGAGGAGAGAGCACACUUCCCGCACGGCGCUCUGUGCCGCACAGCAAGGCCUGGAGAGCGUAGAGAACAUGCGUCCGAACUGACCGCACCAACACAGACACAGUGUAUAUAUGUGUAUAGAACUCUCGCUCUGUAUUGUGUUGAGGUUCUCGUCUAUAUAUAAAGAGCCUGGAUAUGUUGUACAUACUGCGUAUCGGUAGAUCUCGGGGGGGGGGGAGGGGACGGCUCACCCCACUCAUGUUUCAUUUGAAGAUCUAGUUCCUUCUUAGGGUGCAUGCUGUUUUAGCCCAUUCCUCUCCGCCUCCACCCCCCAUUCGUACCAGCCCUCUCCUAUGGGUGGCUUGUGGAGCUGUGCUCUGUGGACGGUAUAGGAUAGCCUGGAUCA